AUGACAAGAAAUAAUAACAUAUCAAAAAUAAGACCUUUCACUGGAAAAGGCUUUGAUGGAAGGGGUCGCUCUUGGGAAGAAGUAGAUGCUAUAGUUAAGAAAAUGCGACAACCAGCCAAAUAUGAAAUACAGCAGAACAUUUUAGGGUAUAUUCAAGAUAAUAACAUCUCUGAUCAAGAUUUAAAAAGAAUAUUAGAGAUUAAGUCAACAAAGAGGUUAGAAUGUUUACUAUUCGCCCAUAUUGAGAAUUUCAGUUUAGAUGAAUUAGGAGAAUAUGCCAGCAAACUAUUAGGUGAUUUUGAAUUAAAAAUAGUUCGCCCCGGUGAAGAAGUUCAUCCUAUCUCUCAGCCUAAAACUAAUGAAGAAUCUACCGCUCAUCGGGAUAAAUUCCAAAAAACCAACAAAGCCGGAUCCAUCAAAGCCGGAGAAAAAAUGAAUCCCGAAAAAACUGUCGCUGAAUUAGCCGAAACCGGUGGUUCUUCUUUUAUUCUUGGUGCUGGUGGAUUUUUUACUGGAGCGGCAGCUUCUAUAUUAAGUGUUAGUAUUGCUUCAAUUGAAUUUGCUAUUGACCACUUAAAAGACCUAUUGACUAGCACAGCUAUCAGUGGUCUAGCCGCCGAAGUCGGAGACCUCAAAGAUGGACAAGCCAAAUUAAACAGUAAAGUUGAUGCUCAAGGUAAGUUAAUGAAUAAGAGAAUGGGUGAUUUAAAAACUGAAUUACAAGGAGAAUUAAAACAACAAGGAGAAAAAUUUGAAAAAGAAAUCAAGGAUUUAGAUAAAAAAUUAGAAGCAGCCACCGGAGAAAACAAGCGAGCCAUUGAAGAAGAAAAAAAGCAACGACAAGCCCAAUACCAAGAAUUAAAGAGUUCCAUUAAUGAAGUCACGGAAAAUCUAAAUCGGGUAGAAAACCAACUAACCAAUGCCCUCAACGACUUUAAAUCCGAAGUUAACGAACGUUUCGAACAACAAGAACGAAAAAUCUUAGAAAAUAAACGCCGAAUCGAGGAAGAAAAACGAGCCCGAGAAGCCGAAGUUAAAGAAAUCAAAGAUAAAAUCAAAAUUAACCAAACUAACUUGGAAAAUCUACGAGAGGAAAAAGAUGAGUUAUCAGACAACUUCGACAAAUAUAAGUCCCAAAUCGACCAAAAAACCGCGGAAACCCAACAAACUUUAGAAGAUGCUCAGGCUGAAUAUGAACGGAAAACCAAAAUAAUUGAAACCCAAAUCGAAGAUAACCAAGAAACAAUUGAGGAAUUCAAUGAGCAAUUAAACAAUGUUCAACGAGAGCAAGCCCUCCAAAGAGUCCAACAAGAAGAAAUUGUCGAAAACUUACAAGAUACUAAUGACCUAUUAUUCGCUCAACAACGACAAAUGAAUCUGAUAACCGAGCAAAUGGAUGAUAUUCAAGAAGAAGUCCACGAGCGAAUGAACAAACUAUCUCAAAAGUUAGAUGACCGCAUUAAUGAAACGCUUAACCUAGCUCAAGACACUAACCAAAGAAUUGAUAAUUUAACCGAAGAAGUUAAAAACAUUCAAGAAACCACUGAACAACUUCAAGAGCAAAUCAAAAAAAACAAGGAAGAAACCCAAAAAGUCAAAAAAGAGGCUAAAAUGGCCAAUGAAAGACUGGAUAAUCUCUUAAAACUUCAAGCCCUUUCCGAUUAUUCAUCUGAAACCAACAAAUUAGACAAAAUCAAAAAGUCUCUCGAACUAAAAGCUGAAGAAACUAAAUUAAUCGCUACUUUAAAUCUUCUAAAAGAAACUAAAAAAUUAAUUCCUCUGCAACCCGCCGAAAGAGAAUGA